AUAUUCUUCAUUAUCAUCACAUUCAUAACCGGAUAACCGCAAAGUUGUUUGUCACCUUCUAGGUCACUCUAGAUUAACUUUAAUAAGUAUUACAUCCAGUUUAUAACUGAAAACUUCAUAAAAACACGUAACUAUGGAUCUAUCUGAAGAGGAAAUCAAGCAAUAUCUUGAAUCUACAGACUUUCCAAGUUUAAAAAAUGAAAGAAUACUUAUUACUGCCAAAGGAGGUGUUCCUGAUAAACUUCCAGUGUGGGUUAUGAGGCAAGCAGGGCGUUAUUUAACUGAGUUUAGAGACUUUCGUAAACAACAUUCCUUCUUUGAAAUAUGCAGAAGUCCUAAACUAGCAUGUGAAGUCACCCUAAUGCCAAUCCGGCGUUAUGAGCUUGAUGCAGCCAUUAUUUUCAGUGAUAUCCUAGUGGUUCCACAGGCAUUAGGAUUAGAAGUUGUCAUGGAACCCGAAAAGGGACCAGUAUUUCCCAAGCCUUUAACCUUGGACACCCUCAAAGAUUUGGACUGGAACAACCCAGUUGAGAAGUUACAAUAUGUUGGACAAGCAAUCAGAUUGACCAGACACAUGCUCCAAGGAAAAGUACCCAUCAUAGGCUUCUCAGCAGCGCCAUGGACCCUAAUGGUCUAUAUGAUCGAAGGCGGAGGAACAAAAACCGCGUCCAAAGCGAAAAAAUGGAUCUAUUCCAAUCCGCAACAAGCUCGCGAGUUAUUCAAACGCCUCGCCGACGUAAUCGUUGAUUAUCUCGUCAUGCAAGUCGAAUGGGGCGCGCAAAUGUUACAAUUAUUCGAAAGCUCUGCCGAAUACCUCACCUCCGAUGUCUACGAAGAUUUCAUGCUGCCUUUACUCAAACAAAUCCCAGCUGGGAUACGCGCAAAGUUACAAACCAAGAAUAUCCCGUCUGUUCCGAUCGUUUUCUUCGCCAAAGGAGGCCGCCAUCUUUUAGACCUCCAACUACAAGCGAACUUUGAUGUGAUCAGCUUGGACUGGGCUACGGAUCCGCAAGAUGUCCGCUGUAUUAAUAAAGAUAUUGUCCUGCAAGGCAAUCUGGAUCCAUGCGCUCUCUACGCGGAUAAGGAAACUCUCCAGAAGUACACAACGAAAAUGCUGAACAAAUUCGGAUAUAAACAUCACAUUGUCAAUCUUGGUCAUGGUAUCUACCCGGAUGUUGAUCCACAAGCUGUGGAAUGGUUUGUGGAAACUGUACAUGCGUUUAAAAAUCCUUACCCUUAGAUUAUAGAGGUGAAGGAUUUAUUUUUGUAGUGUUUACUGCACAAAGUGAUGUUUGAAUUGUUGCAAUUUACUUCUUGUUAUAACCACACGCGCGUUUUGGCGCUGCUGGUUGUCGUCUGGUGUCACAUCAACGACCGCCGCGUUUUUAUACAGCCAUCUAAAGAUGUCACAUGUUAGAGAAUUUUUAAUACGUUUUAAUAUGAAUAUGAAUCGUAAAAAGUAAAGUUUAUUAGUAAUUAAAA